UUCUUGCCAUCCAUCACGAUGCCUGGUCGAGUUCGCGUCGAGCCACUUAAGAAUCCUGAUCGACCCUAUCUAGCACUCGGCUUGGAAGGAUCUGCCAACAAAGUUGGUGCUGGGGUUAUCAAACAUUCAGAAGACGGACGGACGACAGUCCUCUCUAAUGUUCGUCAUACUUAUAUAACACCGCCCGGAGAAGGUUUUCAACCACGAGACACUGCGCUCCAUCAUCGCGAAUGGGCUCUUAAAGUUAUUGACGACUGCUUGACUCAAGCCGCGGUUGAUAUUCAUGACAUGGACUGCAUCUGCUAUACAAAAGGACCGGGAAUGGGAGCUCCUCUGCAGUCUGUGGCACUGAUUGCUCGCACUUUGUCGCUUUUAUUCAACAAGCCGCUCGUUGGAGUCAACCACUGUGUUGGGCACAUUGAAAUGGGACGUGAAAUCACCGGAGCUCAUAAUCCUGUCGUUCUUUACGUUUCAGGUGGAAACACUCAAGUUAUUGCCUAUUCUCAGCAAUGCUAUCGGAUCUUCGGCGAGACUUUGGACAUCGCGGUAGGAAACUGUCUUGAUCGGUUUGCCCGAGUAAUCAACCUGAGCAACGAUCCUGCCCCAGGUUAUAAUAUUGAACAAGAGGCUAAACGGCACGCACGUCUUGUUUCCCUUCCAUAUGCCACCAAGGGCAUGGAUGUCAGCUUCUCGGGCAUUUUGACCGCGACAGAGGCCUACACAACAGACAAACGCUUCCGUGCAGAUGGCCAACCUCGAGAUGUAGAUGAUGUUGACAUCAUUACGCCUGCCGACCUCUGUUUCUCGCUUCAAGAAACUAUAUACGCGAUGUUGGUGGAGAUUACUGAGCGAGCAAUGGCCCAUAUCGGAAGCAAGGAAGUUUUGAUUGUUGGUGGUGUGGGAUCCAAUCUCAGGCUACAGGAAAUGAUGGGUAUAAUGGCCCAGGAACGUGCCGGCAAAGUCUUUGCCACAGAUGAACGAUUCUGCAUCGACAAUGGCAUCAUGAUCGCGCAAGCAGGCCUGCUCAGCUUUCGCAUGGGAUUCAACACGCCAUUCGCCAAGAGUACUUGUACACAACGGCAAGCUUUCCGAACGGACCAAGUGCAUGUUUCCUGGCGGGCUUGA